AUGUCGUUGACCGUAGGUAUGAAUGGUGAUUGGGAACAGUUCUCUGACGACCCAGCAGUCCGUCAUCGCUAUGAAGAGCUCCAACAGGUCCUUCACAGCAUAGGCUAUCCUUCUAUAGAUGACCAGUCCGGUAGUCCUUGCAAGGGAUUCAGCGAGAAGGACGUCACCAUAGCUUGGUUGUCCUCCAAUCUCGAGGGCCUUAGUCUGCUUCUUGAAAGUUGCCAACACUGUCCCGGAGACCUGUUCUUAGUUCUCUCAUCGGACUGGCUAAUCAAGAAGCCUUUGUUCUCAAACAAGGUCAACAUGACCCAACCUGGUGCCUUUGUCCAGUCUGCUUUGUAUGUCAAGAAAGGUAUUUGCUGCUACAAAGGGGGUAGUUCGUAUCUAAAAGUAUUUGAUCCUCCCAGGAAGGUCACCUAUUUCUUUAACUCUACCUCCGAUGCGUCUCUUAUUCAGCUGUUUAAUGAUGUGGACUGUCCGCAAAGUGUGCCCCCGGGAACAUCACGUUUAUUGUCCGAUAUAAUUCUCAUGAGGAUUCUUUUGGCACAAUCUGGAAUAAAGGUGCCGAAAACUCUGGCCUUUCCUUACAAACCAAGACAAAUUUACGACAAAAAUAUCUCUGGGAUAACUGUAGUGCCUAUAACUUCUGAUGGUUAUCAAGUGGCUGAUGUACUUCGACCUGCCAUUACCAAUUUCCAGGAAUCUCCGGAUAUCUCAGAUGCUGAGUGGGUUACAGUUAAAAUCUUCAGAGUCAGAGAUAACGAUGACAAAGCAACCCUGGGCACCAGACUACGGAAAACUGGGGAUAUUCUGGGCGCUGUCUGUGAUCUGCUUCCGCACGCUAGCAAAGGCGAUAUCAUUCUGAUCCAGUGCGAUGGGAUGAAUACGAACAGGUUUACGAAACCGAACCAAAAUGAGAACAAACUGAACGAGUUGUGUAGCCACGAAAAACGAGAUGUGGGUGUUCAUAUUCAGACAACAGUAUGCCGUAACCCGGAAGACGAACCUGUGCACACAUCGACUUUAUGCUUCAUCAGUGGGGAUAUGUUACAAGGACGAAUUAACGAAGCUCCAGUCCAGUCACUGGAGGACACGCUUAAGGAUUUGGAAAUAAACAGCGAACCAAAGCAACAGUUCUUAAGAAAUGAGCUGAAACGCAUUUCCGAAGAGAUAAUGAAAAUCAUAAUGGAACUGGACGGACGAAUUGACGAUGACAGAAGCACAAACGCCCAAACAGAUUUAAUAGUUGUGGAUUUUAUGGUGACUUCUGAGAAAGGGGAUUUACUUCCGGUUCCAGUUAACGUUGGCUGCCAGAGGAAUCAACUGUAUGACGUCAUCAAUCCUGAUGAAGCAGGCGAAGCAGUCAGACCUCUGCUGGCCACCAUGCUAACUCGUUCUCUAAAGUACAUUCUGGCUGAAAAGAGAAUACUGGUCCUUGGCGCAGGACUCGUGGGCAAAACGUUUGUAUGGAACACGGCAAGAGACUGUGGCAUUAAGGUUCAUCUCAUUGAUGAGGACCCGAACACUUACGCUGCUGACUUGGUGGAGGAAUUUAUUCACUACGACAUGUCGGACCAUACGCGAGACAAGGAGCACUGUGAGAUCAUAGUACAGAUGCUUCAGACAUCCGAACGCCCAGCUCUAGACGGCUGUGUGACUUUGUGGGAUGAUUGUGUUCCUCUGACAGCCAUGAUAUGCGAAGCAAUGUCCUUUGUGGGGUCUCCUAUUGACGCUGCUGUACGGGCGAAUACCAAGAGUAAAACCCAGGAAUUCUUGUUCAGUAAGUGCCCUAACACAAUGCUUGGUCGGCUCCAGAAGAGUUAUGCUUCGAGUUCAUAUCAAAUCAGAAGUCGCGAUCAGAUUAAAUUGGCGUCACGUGUUGUGAAAUUCCCUGCUGUAAUGAAACCAGAGUACGGUGCAGGUUCGAUAGGCGUCAAACUACUUGACAAUAUUGGCAGUUGUUACGCAUUUUAUGAUCAGGCUCAGUGGUAUAUGAAGACGGAAAACGACUUUCCGGGUGUAUGUCAUGGGACGUCUAUGCUGCUAAUGGAUUACCUCGUGGGUACGGAACACGGUGUUGACGUUGUUAUUUACGACAAAAAGCUAGUAACGGCUUUCGUGCACGACAAGGGUCCAACGCGUCUCCCAACGUUCACGAAAGUUUCCAGUUGUUUUCCCACAACGCUUUCUCCCAGCAAGGCCAAUCAGCUGGUAUACGCGGCUUUUCAUUGUUGCAUUGGCAUUGGUCUGGACAACGGUACGUUUAAUGUGGACUUGAAAAUGACCGCCACAGGGCCAAAGCUGAUUGAAAUCAACGCCAGACUUGGAGGUUACGAUCUACGAGACAACAUCAAGAAAUGUUUCAAAGUGGAUACUCUUCUGCUUUGCUUCGCCAUCUCCUGCGGUAUUCGGCCCAGGCUGGUUAAAUCUCGGCCUUCUUGUUACAUCAUGACUCUUUGUCUGACAGCAUCAGAUCACGGCCAUGCGCUGACACCAGACACCUUGGAACUACUGAGGAAACUUAAAGACCAAGGGUUAAUGGAUUUUAGUCAGUUUCAGGCGACUUUGUCGCCUAGCGCAAUGAACGAUCCAUUCUGUUCAAUUGGAGCAACAGCUUCAGAUUGUCACACAGCAAAAGUGAAACUAUUAGAACUCGGAAAGUGGCUUGGUCUGGAUGACAAAAACUUCCCAAUAACGUAUUGCCUGAGUAAAUUUACCUGA